CAAAGCACAGGAGGUAUUUAAGGCCCUGCAGAGCCCCCUGAAACCUCUUCUGAGCUCCAAACCCCGAGGGCUGAGGACACGGGGUGGUUUCCUUACCUUUUCAGCAGGGGAUCACUUUCAGCUGACUCUGGUAGAGCCACUAUGACUGAAACAACAGGUUACUCAGGGGGUGGGUUUGUCCACAUUAAAAACCCCCACUUGGACUCGAUGGAGGAGGACAUCCUGUACCACUUGGACUUGGGAACGAAGACACACAACCUGCCAGCAAUGUUUGGGGACAUCAAGUUUGUCUGCGUGGGCGGCAGCCCCAACAGGAUGAGGGCGUUCGCGCAGUUCGUGCAGCGGGAGCUGGGCCUGGCGGGCGCCGGGGAGGAGCUGCCGGACAUCUGCGCGGGGUCGGACCGCUGCGCCAUGUACCGGGCGGGGCCCGGCUCUCCGUCAGCGUCACAUGGGAUGGGCAUCCCUUCCAUUUCCAUCAUGCUUCAUGAGCUGAUCAAACUGCUGCACCAUGCAAAAUGCCGGGACGUCACUAUUAUCCGCAUCGGUACUUCGGGAGGCUUAGGGAUCGAGGCCGGCUCUGUUGUGAUCACGGACACGGCCGUGGACUCCUCGUUCCAGCCGCGCUUCGAGCAGGUGGUGCUGGGGGACGUGGUGCUGCGGAGCACCGAGCUGGACAAGGACCUGGCAGAGGAACUGCUUGCCUGCAGCAGGGAGAUUGCAGACUUUCCCACACUCAUCGGCCAUACCAUGUGCACCUAUGACUUCUACGAAGGUCAGGGGAGAUUAGACAGUGCACUGUGCUCCUUUUCCAGUGAAAAAAAGUUGGAGUACUUGAGAAGAGCUUAUGACGCUGGUGUAAGGAACAUUGAAAUGGAGUCCACAGCAUUCGCUGCCCUGUGUGGGCUGUGUGGUCUCAAAGCCGCCGUUGUCUGCGUGGCGCUCCUGGACCGGCUGGAGGGGGACCAGAUCCGGGCAUCCCACGAGGUGCUGUGGGAGUACCAGCAGCGGCCCCAGCGCCUGAUUGCCGCCUUCAUCCACCAGCGCUGGGGCUGGCCCAAGGGCCCCACACACUGA